UUUCAGGCGAACGUAGUCGCAGUGUGGCGGUUUGAGAUCCAGUAGGUAACUGGUGUACACUAUUGAAAACUGAGGAGUAUGGUUGAGUUGGGGCGCAGCCUGCAGGUGGUGGACGUGAACAGCGACCGCUCGUUCGCGCUGGACGAGGCGGCGCUGCGCGCGCUGCUGACGCCGGAGCUGCGCGCGCUGCCCGUGGCGGUGCUCAGCGUGGCCGGCGCCUUCCGCGGCGGCAAGUCCUUCCUGCUCGACUUCUUCCUGCGCUACCUCAACGCCUCGGACGCGGAGCGGCGGUCGGGCGCAUGGCUGGGCGGCGAGCGGGAACCGCUCACGGGCUUCGGCUGGCGCGCGAGCCUCGACCGGUGCACCACCGGCAUCCACAUCUGGUCGCGCAUGUUCCCGAUGACUCUCUCCAACGGGGAACAGGUGGCCGUGGUGCUCAUGGACACGCAGGGCACCUUCGACAACGAGAGCACCAUAGGCGAGUGCACCACCAUCUUCGCGCUGUCCACGCUGCUCUCCUCGGUGCAGAUCUACAACAUCAAGGGAGACCUCGGGGGAGAUAACCUCCAACAUCUGCAGUAUUUUACAGCGAUCGCACGGCUGGUGCAGGACAAUGACGCUGGAUAUCCGUUCCAACAUUUGAAAUUUCUUAUCCGAGACUGGACUAGUGACGUAGUCAACUACCCGCACGGCGCAGAAGGUGGCCGACGCCUGAUUGAGAGGGUCUUGCAAGUUAGGCCUGAGCAACCGCCUCAGCUCCAAGAACUCCGGCGCGAUUUGCGAUCUUGCUUCGAAAAUAUAGACUGCUUCCUCAUGGCUCAUCCAGGCUACAAUGUCGGUACACAGGGCUUUCAAGGUUGCUUAGCAGACCUUCAGCCAGAGUUUAGGACGUGCUUGUUGGAGUUGGUGCCUCUGGUGUUAGCGCCCAACCGUCUCGUGGUCAAGCGUAUCGGUGGCCAGAAGGUGACGGCGGACGAGUUCAUCCAUUACUUCAAGAAUUACAUGGACUUGUUCAACAGCGGCAACCUGCCUGAGCCCGCUACGAUACUCCAGGCGGCCGCUGAGACGGGUCUCCUGCUCGCUACGGAGGCGGCGCGCGCGGAGUUCGCGAAUCACAUGGAGCAGUGCGCGGGCGCGCGUCCGAUGGCGCCGGCAGCCGUGCGCCGCAUCCACGCGCAGGCCGUCGCCGCGGCCCGCGAACUCUUCACCGCCAGGAGGCUCAUGGGGAAUCGCCAGAACAUCGACCAGGCUCUGGCAAGAAUCACGACGGAGUUCGAAGGUCGUCUGCAAGAUUUUAUCACAAUAAACGAGGCGAAUAUGGGAAAGGCGUACAACGAAGCAGUAAAUCAGUACGUGGAGCUGGUGCUAGGGACCACGGCCGAGACGCGCCUGUGCGUCGGCCCUGCGGCCCUGGAGGACGCCCAUAACGCCGCAUACGCCACCGUUGUUCAAGGCUUCAAGGACAUGUUCGAAGUCACCAGCAGUGACAAUGAGACAAAGCAGCUGAUAAGGGAUAUAAACGCGCGUUAUACUAGCUUGGUGCAGAUCAACGAAAUGAACAACAGCGGCCAUCUGUCUGGAGCAGUCAAUGAGUACGUGUCCGAAAUGAAUCGGCAAACCGAGGGCCAACCCUGCAUGAGCACCUCUUUGCUGAAUGCUAAGCAUGCCUCGGCGCUUCAAGCUGCUAUGGACUUCUUUAAGAGCAAACGGAACCACAGCUCUGAUUCGUCUCAUUGUGAUAGUUAUUUGGAACGCUUGGAGAGGGACAUAGUAAAUAACCAAUUGGUGAAUUAUGUUCGACUGAAUAAAGCUAACACUGCAGCAGUCGUGAUGGCGGUGGUAUCGAAUUACAAAGACCGCAUGGCUCAAGUGUUCGGCAUGCACAUGAAGUGUGUACCGCCAAGGAAGUUCGUAGAAAAAGAAAGAGACGUGAGGGUGCAGACCAGAAAGAUGUAUCAGGAAAAAAUUGAAGUUGCUGAAGGUGAACCUGAUAGCCAUUGGGUGGAAAUCGAAAGGACGAUUGACCAGCACUGCGCACAGGUACAAGAAAACAACGUGGAGUUGAACAUAGGCGCUGUUAAUGCCGCGAUUGAGCAGUAUCGUAAACUCAUGGACAACAAGACUGAGCCCUACCCGGCGCUGCUACGUUGGGUGCUGUCGCCGGCGCGGCUGAUACAGCUGUCGUUGGACCUGCGGCGCUACCACCAGGCCUCCAAGACCGAGGCCAUCGCCGUCUUCAAGGCCCGCCGUCGCGAUGAGCUUAUCGAACCAAAUGACUACUACUAUGAAGAUUUAAAGGCCAAAAUCAUCGAACUUCAUAAGCGCUACAAGAACCCGCUCCAAAUAAUGGCUAUUGAACUAAGCAACCCCUUGUUAGGACAUGAUGUUAUGUCAGGGUUAAAUAAUGAUGACAGUGAUGACUGAUAUAGAUCCAAAAUACUGACUAUCUGUCCUAUCUGUGACAUUGACAGCGGGGCGUCACCGUCAAUACCGGAUCGCUGGUUCCGAUUUUUGCCAUGUUGGAAACUAUACAGGUUGGAAUUUUGUAAUGCCACCUGAAGGGAAAGUACCUACUCUUAAUAUAGUAGAUAGACAUUUUUUCUCAAAGAAAACAUUCUUUUGUUUUUUAAAAGAAACAGAACUGCAUUCAAAGAUUUCCAAAAAUUUGCUUGCCACAUCCGGAAUUCGAACCAACUAAAAUCUGUUAAAAAUUACACCCUGUAUUUUUAUUGCAUCGAUCGUUAGGGUUAAGUAUAAGGAUGAAAUCUCUCUAACAAUCUUGAUAAAUCAAAUGAAAGGAAAACCAUGAAAUCUUAAAUGAUUUUAAUUAUGUACAGGAAAUUGUAUGGUAUGGUAGAGAAUUUUCGAAAAAAAAUCGAAAAUCUUUGAAUGCAGUUCUCUUUUUCUCUCUUUCAGUAACAUUUUUUAUCUACAGUAUUAAGAGUAGGUACCUUUCCCACCAGGUGGCAUUACAAAAUUCUACCCUGUAUAGUUGAACGAUGGUGGCGUCCCCCUGUCAAUGAGUUUGGUGGGACAGUUCAAUUUAGGUCAUCUAUACGAGUUACAUAACCAAACCACAUAUCACUUCAUGCGUGCCUGAAAAUUAUAUACCUAUAUUUUAUUACUCUUAUGUAAUUAGGUAACUUGAUAAAUAAUAACAAUGUUAUACUAAUUUUUAUAUUACCUAAUAUACUAACUUUAGAAUAUACAUGUUAGAAAUAAGUUUGUAUUAAGUAAAAUCUGUGGUAAAAUGUUUGAACAUGACAAUUAAUUUAACCGCAGCCAAAACCCUUCUCUAGGUAAAGACGGUUUAUUGUAAAGGCUGCUUCAUUAUUUCAAGCUCAAUUACGUACGUUUAUAGCAUACCUACCUACUCUUAAAAGGUGCUAUUCCGAAUAAACCGAGGUGCUAUUGCAACUGCCUACAGACAGCACUUGAAGAAGUCCAGCAAGUGACAAGUGUUGUCUACCUCCAUGAGUGCUGCCGUUUCUUUGACGGGAAUUGUCAACAGGGAAUAGUGGAAUAAGCCGAAGAAGUCGCCGGCACAGCUAGUUUCUUAUGUACUUACAGACCAGAGCCUCAAUUACGGUAAUUUUUAACCUCUCCAAUCCAGACGCGCUUCUUCGAUUCUGCGAUACGAUUGGUCAAAACAGCGUACGAACAGCGUAGGUACGUCAGCUGUAUUGGAGACGUUAAAAAUUACCGUAAUCGGGGCUUAGUAAGUCAGUACUGCAGUUGCGGCCGACUUCAAGUAACCGCUGCAGUGGUGCACGUGCCGUCGGUAUAAUAAUUACAAAAGUAAAUCAGCCUUUAAUUGCCAAAAAUGGUACAGUGAUCAUAAAGUCGAUCUUUACCCUAUCUGUAUGAACAUUUCAGAUAGUAAAUACAUACAUAUAGGUAGGUAAGCAAAACAUUUGUGUAUCGUCAAAUGAAAUGAAAAACGAUGCAUUAGAGAUAACAUUUUGUAUUUUGUAAGUUUUUUUAUGGCGUUGAAACAUUUUUAAAUUUUAUAUAACACUGUAGGUAACUACUCGUACAUGGAAAGGAUAACACUAACUGAGCUUAUAAAUCCUACACACGGUCACACUGUUAACUAUCCAUUUCCGUUUUUGCUCUCGCUCUCAUCAAAUGGUGAUUCUUUGCGAUAGGACGAGACGACAUGACAGGCAAUGGUAAGGUAAGGUAGUUAACACUGUUGCCGUUGGUACAACCCGACCGGGCUAACUGCGCACUCUGACUACUUGCCCGCGUUCGCCCCGUCCGUACCGGGUAAGAGUAGGCGCACACCGUUGAUUUUUCGUCGGCCGAUAGUUAUUUAGUCGGGCAGUUGAUCAGUAUGGGCAUGUAUGGGAGUGCGCACACUACGCCGAUUCGAUUUGGCCGAUUCUUCAUACAAUUUAAAAUCGGGCACAACUAUCGGCCAACUAAAUAUCAACGGUGUGCGCCUACUAACAGAGAUGUGACGUCACUGCUGCCAGGUGCGCACUGCGCAGGUAACUCGACCGGGUUGCAAGUCCAGCGCAGCGAGCAGUUGCAUUGCUUGCAUGUCUUGCAUAUUAUUUUGUACUGCAUGCCUCGCAAGGAACGGUUGUCACUUCUUUACAAUAAAAUCAUAACCAAAUAUGACGUA